CGCCCCCUCUGGCAGGAAGUGGGAGAAGGCGAGAGGGCGGGACCGAAGGGGAGGCCCGUGGCCAAAGAAAUCAAACACUUGGCGGCGGGCGGGAGGCGGUGGCAAAAGGAGGCGGAGGAGAAGGAGGUGGUUGCGGUGGUGCAGAAAGAGUGGGAGGCCAGCCGGUCGGACGCCGUGAGAGUGAAAACUGGGUCCGGUCCUGAAGGAGCGGGGGCUUGCCGAGGCGGGUGCGGCUGUUGUUCGGCCUCCGCCGCUGGGCUCCGGCCCCGCCCCCUCCCUCUCCGCCUCCCGCGGGGGGGCCCCGCCUGCUCCUCUGCUGCUCCCCCCAUGAGGCGCGCCCCGCGCAGGGAACCCGCUGGGCCCUGCUGGAGCCGGAGGGCUUGAGACAAAGCUUCAGGCAAGUAUCUCCAGGACCUGAUACUAUGGAGACAGAAAGUGAACAGAACUCAAAUUCAGCCAGUGGAAGCUCGGGUUCGGGAGGAAGCACUCGUCCUCAGAUAUCACAAAUGACUCUCUAUGAGCGACAGGCUGUACAGGCCCUUCAAGCACUGCAGAGACAGCCCAAUGCAGCCCAGUAUUUCCAUCAGUUCAUGCUCCAACAACAGCUCAACAGUGCUCAGCUGCACAGCCUGGCUGCAGUCCAGCAGGCCACGAUUGCAGCCAGCAGACAAGCAAACUCUCCAAACACAAGCACCCCUCAACAGACAGCAACUACACAGGCCUCUAUUAAUUUGGCCACCACAUCAGCUGCACAAUUAAUCAGCCGUUCACAAAGCGUGAGUUCACCUAGUGCCACCACCCUGACACAAUCGGUACUUCUGGGGAAUACCACCUCGCCACCUCUUAAUCAGUCACAAGCUCAGAUGUAUCUUCGGCCGCAGCUGGGGAACCUGUUGCAGGUGAACCGGACCUUGGGCCGCAAUGUGCCUCUUACCUCCCAGCUCAUCCUGAUGCCUAAUGGGGCCGUGGCUGCUGUUCAGCAGGAGGCGCCACCUGCUCAUUCUCCUGGGGUCCACACAGACACAGACCAGGUGCAGAAUUUGGCUGUCAGGAGUCAGCAGACCUCAGCAGCUAAUGCUCAGCUCCAGCCUUCUGUUCCAAAGGCUGUCUUGCCAGGGAAUUCCCAGGCUUCAGUACUGCCCCAGGCUGCUCAUGCUGGCCAGACCUUGACAGUGACACAAGCCUCUUCAGGCAAUGUGGGCCAGUCGCUCAAUCUUAGUCAAGGGGCAGCUGGAAGUAAUGGCAUUUCUGGGAGCGUGGCAUCAUCUGUGGGGAAUCAUGCUACCACCGGGCUGAGCCAGACAACCUCAUCCGGCCCAGGGGGCAGCUGCCAAAGGAAAGGUACUGGUGUGGUUCAGCCUUUACCUGUAGCUUCUGCUGCCCAGGCAGUGACUGUGAGCCAGGGAAGCCAGACAGAGGCAGAAAAUGCAGCAGCAAAGAAGGCUGAAGCAGAUGGUAAUGGUCAACAGACUGUGGGCAUGAACUUGACUAGGACGGCUACACCAGCCCCAAGCCAGACUCUGAUCAGUUCUGCCACGUAUACCCAGAUCCAGCCCCACUCGUUGAUCCAACAGCAGCAGCAGAUUCACCUCCAGAAGCAAGUAGUGAUCCAGCAGCAAAUCGCCAUCCAUCACCAGCAGCAGUUCCAGCAUCGCCAGUCCCAGCUCUUGCACACCGCUACCCACCUUCAGUUGGCCCAGCAGCAGCAAGCUCCACCUCUGGCCCAACAGCAGCAGGGGCCGCCCCAGGCUCAGCAGCAGGCCCCGCCUCUUCAGGGUCAACAGCAGGCCCAGACCCUUGUCGUCCAGCCCAUGUUACAGUCACAGCCUCAGCCAGUGCAGCUUCAGCAGGACAAUCUUUGCCAGGCAUCCACCAAAUCGCCUGUCCCCAUUCAGUCCAAGCCACCCAUAGCCCCUCUCAAAUCUCCACAGCUUGGUGCUGCCAAAAUGUCAGCAUCCCAGCAGCCCCCACCUCACAUCCCAGUGCAGGUGGUGGGUAGCCGCCAGCAAGGCUCAGCCCAGGCACAAGCACUGGGCCUUCCUCAGAUGAACACAGCUGUGCAGGCUCCCCGGGGCAUGCCAGCUGUCGUCCAGCCAGUGUCGCAGACCCACACAGCAUCCCCAUUGUCCCAAGCUUCUUCUGCCUCAUUUUCUUCUUCCCCUCCUCCUCUCCAAGAAGCUCCUCCCCCACUCACUCCUGGAGUCAACGUGGCUCAAGUGCAAGGCACUGCACAGGUGAAGAGCACUGCUUCCUCUCCAGUCAUGGCUCAAGCACCACCACCAGCAUAUUAUGUCCAGCCUGUCCAGUUACCUAGCAAGCCCCAGACAUUGGCUGUCAAGCGCAAGGCAGAAUCUGAAGAGGAGAGGGAGGAGUCCAGUGCACCACCUUCUCUCCUGCCUGCCAAAUCUCCUGUGGCAGAGAAUCCUAAAGCCACAGAAGAUAAAGGUGGCCUUGGAAGUGAAGGGAACAGGGAGUCUUUUCCCAGUGCCACCCCAAGUGCACCAAGUGACCCAGGCUCAGUCACUCCAACUUGUGCUGCUGUGCCUACCCUGGCUAUGCUGUCACGUCAGAGUGGAGACUCCAAGCCCCCACAAGCCAUUGUCAAGCCCCAGAUUCUUACACACAUCAUAGAGGGCUUUGUCAUCCAGGAAGGAGCAGAGCCUUUCCCGGUGGGUUGCUCUCAGCUCCUAAAAGAGUUUGAAAAACCUCUUCCGGGAGGGGCUUCCCCUAGGCAGACUGAGAACCAGUCUGGCAGCUCCCCAGGAGGAGAAAGUAUGUCAACAGAGCAAGACAAGAAAGGGAACCUCUUGAAAUGCGAAUUCUGUGGAAAAUAUGGCCCAGCCAAUCAGUUCCGUGGUUCCAAGAGGUUCUGUUCCGUAACAUGUGCCAAAAGGUACAAUGUGGGCUGCAGCCACCAACUUCGGCUGCAAAGGAAAAAGAUUAAGGAACUCCAGGAAGCAACCUAUGCCCGUCGGCGGCGUGGGCCUCGACGCAGCAGCUCGGAGAUUGCCCGAGCCAAAAUCCAGGGCAAGCGUCACCGGGGCCAAGAAGACUCUAGCAGAGGAUCUGAUAAUUCAAGUUAUGAUGAAGCUCUAUCCCCUACAUCUCCAGGACCCCUGUCUGUGAGGGGCAGUCAUGGAGAGCGAGACCCUGCCAGCUCCAACAUGACUCCUCCAACCCCUGACCUGCAUGGCAUAAACCCAGUCUUUCUGUCCAGCAACCCCAGCCGCUGGAGUGUAGAGGAAGUGUACGAGUUCAUCGCAUCCCUGCAAGGCUGCCAGGAGAUUGCAGAGGAGUUUCGCUCCCAGGAGAUUGAUGGUCAGGCUCUACUUUUGCUGAAGGAAGAGCACCUCAUGAGUGCCAUGAACAUAAAGUUGGGUCCUGCCCUCAAGAUCUGCGCCAAGAUAAACAUCCUCAAAGAGACCUAGAAGUGUGAGAAGCUAACACACCCCUCCCCCUCCUCCAUCAAUUUCCCAGUGGAGGGAAAUUGAUCUAACUAAAUAAGCCUGUGUCCUGGUGCUAUGUAGGGGAGAAGCUGCUCUCCAGGAGGCCUUGAAACUUCUCUCUUCAAGAGCAUCUUGUGUUGCCUGUCAGUUCUUUAGCCUCUGAAUUGUUGCAGAAGAUAAUACAGCCAAGAGGAGAUAUUUUCUGUAAUAGUCUGCUGGGGCUCCUGGGGAGAAGGGCUGAGAAGUCGAUUCCUCUUUUCAGAGUAGAGUUGGUGGGUUGUCACAUUCUCCUUCCCAUGGGAUCUUUCUCUGCACAGUAAGGUUCACUUUGCAGGGAGCCAAUUAAUGCUGAAGCUUGGCCAUGUUUUUCUUGCUGAUGGAGGGAAGUUUGGAAGAUUCCAUUUGGAACAGUGAAGAAAACUAUAAUUGUUAAAUGACUUCUUCCCUCGCUAUUUGUUUAGAUCACGAAUUUAUGGUGUUGGGUGGAAGUAAGUUGCAAACCUACUCCAUACAGAACACUGAAGGCAAAACAUGGAUUACUUAAAGAUUGAGACUUGUUGACAUUUAAUGGGGUCCUUUGUAAGACAAUAUGGGCAUUUCUGACAGUGGCAUUGGAGAAAGGGGGAAUUUUAACACAAGAUCUUUAAUACUAUGUCUUGUGGGGUUCAGAGAUACCACUCAAGAUCCAAAGGAGAAUUCAGGUAUACUGAGGCUCCAGUUGUUUCUAUCUUGCUUUUUAAAUUUUUCUUUUAUCAGUUUUGUAAUUUGUUUCCUCCCAUGAAAGAACCUAUGGGACAAUGCUUCUGCUAGCAGGUGUGUAUCCUCUGUCAGAGGUCUGUUUAUUUUUGUUUAUUAUACAAAUAUUCUCUUGCUCAGUAAAGAAAAAUGCUUCAAAAAUUAA